AUGUUCAACCGAGGAAGUGUCAGACUCUCCCGGACCUUGGCCACAAAAGUCCCUGUCCGCAGCGCAACCAUUACUCGCUCAAAACAACAAUGCAGCUUCUACGCCACCGGCAGCAACUCCUCCAGCAACUCUACCGCCUCACCCAUCGAUGUCCCUAAACACACCUCUGCAGCAGGUAACGCCAACGGAAGCGGAAGCAGCGGCUGGAUUCAAAAGUUGACCCUCAUGACGGCCUCUGCCGCCGCCGGAGCACUCGCCUACUCCAAAUACAACACCGCCAGCAUGGAGGGUCUGAGCGGCAUGCCCAUUGGAAAAAUGACGCCCACGAUCCUGACCGAGGAAGAACCCGAUGACGCCUAUGUUACUAAGCCAACUCCGGAGAAGCUCAAGGAGAUCAAGCGAUCGGUCUUGUUGGAGAAGGAGAUGGCCGAGCUGAAUCUGGUGGCCGAGUACAAGGACAAAGCCAAGACUGGCGAGUGGAAGGAGGCGAACCCGUACUGGUACCUGACCAAGAACACGACCCCCCACCAUCUGACGGCGGGCACUUUGAGAGGAGAUAAUAUGUUGAGUGUACACCCUAUCAAGUUUGAGCGCAAGGAUCAAAAGGCGAUUGUCUUGUUCCUGCAUCUGGGACGCAGUCUUUGUGGACAUGACGGGAUCAUCCAUGGAGGACUCUUGGCUACUCUCCUGGACGAAGCUACCGGCAUGGUUGCAUUGCCAAAUCUGCCAUACCACAUCGGAUUCACAGCAAACCUGAACCUAAACUACCGCAAGCCUGUCAAGGCCGACCAAUUCGUCAUGAUCAAGGCCGAGUUCGAACGUGGCGAAGGUCGCAAGGGAUACACCAAUGCCAGUAUCCACGACCUUGACGGAAACACACUCGUCGAAUGCACCGCCCUCUUUGUCUCGCCCAAGAACCCUGUCACCAUGGUUGCCAAUUAUGUCAAGAACUCUCUUGGAUUUACUGGAUCUUCUUAG